CCAUGCGUCUAAUCCGGAUCCACUCCGAAGUAAAGGCUCUCCCGCCUCCCCAUUAACAGCCAGAGGAAAGGCGGGGCGGGAUGCGCGUCGGCGCAAAAGCCGCCCUGCGCCCGGGUCCUGGUGGGAGUUUCGCGCUUGUUUGCUCCGAAUUGGCGCCUCUGUGUUCUUCCCUAGGUGAGCAAUCCGGAGGUGUCGUGCUGAAUCCUGCAAAGAUGUCGAAACAUGGCUACGAGAAACAAUGUUCUCCAGGCUCUAAGAAGCUGGUUAAGGCGAAUCCCUUGAAACAACCGGGGCAUUUCAAAAACAGGGAAGUUUUUGUUGGAAAUCUGCCCCUGGAUAUCAGAGAGGAAGAGAUUGCCUUCUUAUUCAAGGAUUUUGGGAUCAGGUCUUUGAAGAAACACUAUAGUUCUUUUAAAAGUUUUGCUUUCCUGGAGCUGAUGUCCCCGGAAGCUGCAAAUUUAGCAGUCCAGCUUUUGAACGGACAUCACGUGAAAGGGAAGCCGAUGUCCGUUGCGUUUGUGGAAAACAAGAAAAGUUACGAGGUUCCGAAAAACAGCCCUCAGAUGCCGGAUUUGGAAGUCAUCCCCUCUGUAGAAUGUGGAUUUGCCAACGGUGCCACCCAGAUCUCCCUUCCCAAUCCAAGGGUCUGCUAUGCUGUCCCCAUGGAAAUGAGAAGUUCGUUCCUCUUCCACGUGUUGAACGACUGCUUUGGAGACGCCACGUGGCUCUCUUCCGUGGCCGGCGUGGCAGGAGAGGUGGGGCUUUUGGUGAUGGACACAUUUCCGCUGAUGCCGUACUUCUGGGCCAUCAUCCUAAACAAGGAACGUUACGAAUCCAUGCAGAAGCUCUUCACGGCCUUGGCUGUAGCCGAAUCUCGCUUGCCUUUCCUGGCCAAAGAGGAGGUGCGGCGGGGGACCCGAUGCCUGGCCGAGUGUGACAUCGGAGUGGAGGGCAGCGCCUGGAACAGGUGCUGGGUGCUGGAUACCCUGGGCGACCUGGCGGUGGGCUUCUUUGUGGACUUUGGCCGCUGCGCCAGCCUCCCUCUGACCGCGCUAAGAAAGCUGGACGAGGAACAGUUCUGGGAAAUCCACCCUUUGGCUCAGCCCUUUGUGCUGGAGGAAGGAGUUUUUCCCCCGCAAGUGAUCCGGAGGCAAAUCCUGGAAGGAAAAUUGAACGGGCCUUCUCAAUGGGAGCCACACAUUUUAAAGUUUGCGGUCAAAACAGGCUAAGAAGUUGUGGAUUUGGGAAGUUCUCCCCCCAGCAAAUUUGAAGUACACCCAAUUUUCUUCUGGGAAAAAGUUGCAGUUGGUUCUCGAAAACUCGUUUUGUUUUUAAAGACGUUAAAAAGUUGGUUGAAAGAUUUGCGGACAUUAGUUUAUUCGCUUAGUUGAGGCCUUACAACUUUGUGCUUGAAGAGGGGAAAAAAUGUUUUUUUUCUUACUGCAUGUUGUGUCUGGGACAGCUAAAUUUGUGUGUGAAGUGUAGGCAGAGGGAGGGGGGAAAAUACAUUAAAUCUGUAUUUUGGCUGAGCUGUUCUGUUGCAACCUUGUUCUCUUUUGAGUUUGUUAUUGCAGUUAAUUUAUUAAAAUGCUAACUGGAUCCAGAAA